GCCAGGUUGGUCUCAAACUCCUGAUCUUGUGAUCCACCCGCCUCUGCCUGCCAAAAUGCUGGGAUUACAGGCGUGAGCCACCACGCCCGGCAGCCCAUGUUAUUUUCCAAGAUACUUGGUGUGUUCCUGCCCCUCUGCCUUCCAUGUAAAAUGACAGUGCUUGUCAAGUUCAUUUAAAAAACUGUUGGGAUUUUGAUUAAGAUUUACUGCAUCUAUAGAUUUGGGGGUGGGUAAUUUGUUUAAACAUGGAAACUCCCCAAAUCCAUAGACACAGCCUUCCCCCUUUACUUGGGGGAUUUAGCUUUUCUUGGUCUCUGUCGACAAUGUUCCCUGGUUUCCAUGUGGAGGCCCUGCCCUGUCCCUGUUCCUCAGCUCUUUUUACACCUAUUCUUGAGGAUUUGAUAGUUUUGAUAUUAUUUAAAUUGAGUACUUCAAUAAAUUAUAUAUUUAUUUAUUUUUGCCACUCACAUAUAGGAAUGUAACUGAUUUCUGAAUACCUUAAAUCCAACAGCCUUGCCAAACUCACUUUUUGAUCCUUAUGAUUAGUCUAUAGAUUCUUCUGGGGUUUCAAAACACAGAAAGUGUUUCAUGGGUGAAUAAUCAGAGUAUUGUUUAUUUUUGCCUGGCACUAGAGCUCAUUUCUUUGUCCUACCCUACAGCAUUGGCUGAGACCUUUAGCGCCCUAACUUGUAGAACCGCAGAUCAAGGCGCUUUCAGGAUUCACAUUCAGUGAGGUUUGCUGUGGGGAUUUUGUGGUUCACUGUUACUGGGUUACAGCACUCACCGCCUGCCUUAGUGCGCUAAUGGGUCCGAGGAAUAGUAAAUGAGCCCUGAGUCUUACCGAGUUACUUCUACUCCUCUAGCAAUUGAUUAGAUACGCUUUUUCAUUGUUCUGUUAAUACGGUGAAAAAUACGAUUGCUUGCCAAAUAUUAAGCCAAACUUCAUUUCCAGAAUACACCCAACCUGUCAUAUGUUGCCUUGUAUUCGCUGGACUCACCCUGCUUGAGCUUUGGGGCUUCGCAGUGGUGUGCGCGUGUGGAGGGGGCUGGCCUGUGAGCUCCUCUCCGAUGCUGUCCGUGCUGGGUUAGGGGACUGAGGCUACGUUGGCCGCAGGAGCUGGACAAGCACUGCCAUCCACCAUGGUGAAGCUGGGCUGCAGCUUCUCUGGGAAGCCAGGUAAAGACCCUGGGGACCAGGAUGGGGCUGCCAUGGACAGUGUGCCUCUGAUCAGCCCCUUGGACGUCAGCCAGCUCCAGCCGCCGCUCCCUGACCAGGUGGUCAUCAAGACGCAGACAGAAUACCAGCUGUCCUCCCCAGACCAGCAGAAGAAGUUCCCUGACCUGGAGGGCCAGAGGCUGAACUGCAGCCACCCAGAGGAAGGGCGCAGGCUGCCCACUGCGCGGAUGAUCGCCUUCGCCAUGGCACUGCUGGGCUGCGUGUUGAUCAUGUACAAGGCCAUCUGGUACGAUCAGUUCACCUGCCCCGACGGCUUCCUGCUGCGGCACAAGAUCUGCACGCCGCUGACCCUGGAGAUGUACUACACGGAGAUGGACCCCGAGCGCCACCGCAGCAUCCUGGCGGCCAUCGGGGCCUACCCGCUGAGCCGCAAGCACGGCACGGAGACGCCGGCGGCCUGGGGGGACGGCUACCGCGCCGCCAAGGAGGAGCGCAAGGGGCCCACCCAGGCUGGGGCGGCGGCGGCCACCGAACCCCCCGGCAAGCCGUCGGCCAAGGCGGAGAAGGAGGCGGCGCCGAAGGCGGCCGGGAGCGCGGCGCCCCCGCCCGUGCAGUGAUGGUCUCGGGCCCCGCAGCCCGGUCCGGGCGUCCCCCGCCAGCUCCUGUGACCAGCGCGUCGCCCGAUGCUCUCCGCCGUGUUCGUGUCUCGCCCCCAGGCGCCCUCGCUGCAGCCCCGCCCCCGUGGGUCUCUGACUCUGUCGCUUUUCUCUAAGUAAAGAUUUCACGUUCA